AUGAGUCACCAAGGCUUCGAAGACUACUCGAACUACUACAACCCGGGCCAGUUCGACCAGAAUUCCGGAUAUCAGACAAACCUUAACAAUCCCUAUGAAAACCAGCAGCAACAGGGCUAUUCCCAGAACCAAUACCAGCAGCAGCCACAACAGCAGCAACAGCAAGUUCAACAGACUCCAACAACUCAAGCCAGUUUUGCGCCGAACCCGAUGAAUUUCAUCCCGAACCAGCAAAUUGGAGAAAUGGGUCUCCAGAUGGGCCAGCAAUUCCUCAACCAACACACCGACCAAUUGAAGGCAAAAGCUCAACAGUACAUUCCAACGACGCGGCUUCGAUACCUGUUCGCAGUGGACAACGCUUACGUGGCGAGUAAACUAAAGUCCAUUCUGUUGCCCUUUUUCAAAAGCGAGUGGCACACGAAAUUUCAAAAUGACGCAAAUAAUCCUGUCUGCCCAAGGGAUGACGAAAACGCACACGACAUGUACAUUCCGACAAUGGGCUUCAUCACAUACAUCCUUCUCGCUGGCUACAGUAUCGGUCUUCAUGGCGAGUUCAACCCCGAACAGCUUGGCGAAUAUGCCAGCGGUGCUACUGGCUGGAUUGUUCUUGAAGUUUUAGUUACUCUUAUGGUCAUUUUCUUGUUACAGAUUCAAUCAGAUCUCGGUUAUUUGGACAUCAUCGCAUUCGCUGGCUACAAAUUCGUCCCGAUUAUUCUAGCGCUUACUUGUGGAUUGGUCUCAAAUAGCCACGCAGUCUUCCUUGGAGCGUUGAUUUACGGAUCUAUUGCUCUUUGCACAUUUUUGGUGAGAUCGCUCAAAGUCCGCGUCCAGUCGAACUCGGCCGCCGCGCACGGACAAUACGCCGCUGGGGACACUAGGAAGCAAUACUUAACGCUUGGAAUCGCCGUCGUGCAGCCCCUUCUCUGCUACGUCCUGACCCGCCACCUCUCGCCCUCGGACUAG